GUGAGCAACAUCCCCUGUGAAAAACAACAACAAUCAGAACCGCGGGACUGGAAACGGAGAUGGCUUCGUGAAAACGCAACACUUAUACUUAUUUCAGUGAAACAAUUCCAGUCUCGUUGCUGCUAUUUUACCAGAAGCUUUAUAUGUCGACGGUGUCGAGCCCAUGAACCUGGCCAGUCUGAGCGGGGAUGCUGGCGGAAGCCAGCUUCUCUUCGCCAACUUUAACCAGGAUAACACGUCCUUGGCUGUUGGCACCAAAUCAGGAUACAAGUUUUUCUCCUUGUCCUCUGUGGACAAAUUGGAGCAGAUAUAUGAAUGUACUGACACGGAGGAUGUGUGCAUCGUGGAGCGCCUGUUCUCCAGCAGCCUGGUGGCCAUCGUGAGCCUGAAGGCCCCCAGGAAGCUCAAAGUCUGUCACUUCAAGAAGGGAACUGAGAUCUGCAACUACUCUUACUCAAACACCAUACUGGCUGUGAAACUGAACAGACAGAGGCUGAUUGUGUGUCUGGAAGAGUCGCUUUACAUUCACAACAUCAGAGACAUGAAAGUGCUGCACACUAUCAGAGAGACUCCACCCAACCCGUCAGGACUGUGUGCUCUCUCCAUCAGCAACGAUAACUGUUACCUGGCGUAUCCGGGCAGCGCCACGAUAGGGGAGGUCCAGGUGUUCGACACGGUCAACCUGAGGGCAGCCAACAUGAUUCCGGCUCACGACAGCCCCUUAGCGGCGUUGGCGUUCGACGCCAGCGGCACCAAGCUGGCCACGGCCUCAGAGAAGGGCACGGUCAUCCGCGUCUUCUCCAUCCCAGAGGGACAGAAGCUCUUUGAGUUCCGGCGAGGCGUCAAGAGGUGUGUGAGCAUCUGUUCGCUGGCGUUCAGCAUGGAAGGCCUGUAUCUUUCUGCCUCAAGCAACACAGAGACGGUCCACAUUUUCAAAUUAGAGACGCAGAAGGAGAAGUAUGUGCCGGCGGAGGAGCCGACGACAUGGGGGGGUUACUUGGGGAAGGUCCUGAUGGCGUCCACCACCUACCUACCUUCACAGGUCACAGAAAUGUUCACCCAGGGCCGAGCUUUCGCCACCGUGCGCCUGCCCUUCUGCGGACACAAAAACAUCUGCGCCUUAGCUGUGAUUCAGAAGAUUCCCAGGCUGCUGGUGGCAGCGGCUGAUGGAUAUUUGUACCUGUACAACUUGGACCCUCAGGAGGGGGGGGAAUGCACGCUCAUGAAGCAGCACAGGCUUGACAGCAGUGCUGAACCUCCCAAUGAGAUCCUGGAACAGGGCUCACACGAUCGCCCCCUUGUGGCCCAAACCUACAGUGCCGCUGUCAGUAAAGGUUACUGCGAAGAGCAGGGCGCGGUGGGCGGGGCGGGGCUCGAGGAGGACCUCAACGACCUGCGCCUGGAGGAGGAGAACGAGCAGCCGCCGCUCAUCCUGGAAACCGACUGACCCCGACCGAACCCCAAAACCCUCCUCCCCGACGUUCAGAGGCCUCCUCUGGUGCUGCUGUGAAAACACCAGACACGACGAGGGGCAGGGACGGGAUCAAAGGCUGGGGGAGGCGUUCAAGAACCUGCCUUUCAGUCUGUCUGUGUGUUGUUCUGUCCACAUACCAAUCAGUUUACCUUCCUGCCCCCCUCCCCUGUGUCCACUCCUCCGCCGUCCCCUUUAGUUUGCCUGUGCGGGCCAGAAUCUGGAGCUUUUUGCAUGUACAUGUGCCAACUGCUACAAAAACAGAGCAAAAACAAACCAUGCUUCAUUGUGAAAAUGAGCCCCCCACCCUGAGAGCGUGGUUGAACAGAGAGAGGAAAGAAAGAGUGAAAAAAAAAAAAAACACAAUGUAGCCGUGUCUCAUUUAUGGUGGACACGUAUAUAAAUGCAAGCACUGUGUACAAUGAAAGUGAUUGUGUAAGUGCCUCGUGCCUCUCUGGUUUUAUUGUUUUUUUAUUUCUGUUUGGAAGGGGAGGACGUUUCUAAAAAUCCGUCGUCAUCAAGCCGACGGAUCCUGAUUGUUUGGCGCCGCAUCCAUCAGGUUUACCAAUUAAAUUUUUUCUUAAAAAGGAAGAUUUGAAAACUUCUGACUUGAGACGUUUGUGCGCUUAGCUGAGACUUAACGUGUGUGUGUGUGUGUGUGUGUGUGUGUGUGUGUGUGUGUGUGUGUGUGUGUGUGUGUGUGUGUGUGUGUGUGUGUGUGUGUGUGUGUGUGUGUGUGUGUGAUGGGCAUGUACAAUAGCAAAACAUCUACCCUCUUUCCAUCAUCCAAGCUCCUUCUCUUCUGCACACAUCAGUUGAUUCCUCUUUUUAUUUUAUUUUAUUUUAUUUUUAAAUGAUUGAUGAUGUUGAUGGUUUUAUAAACUUAAAAAAAAACAUCUUUUCAGCUUAUCGAACCUUAUGAUGUGUCGUACGUAUGCAAACAUGCAUGGUGUCGUUGACGUGCUACUGUGCCCAUCCAUCGCAGACGUACGAGUGGAGAAAGACCGUACGGCGUCGGCCGCAGACUCUCCUCCUUCUUCCUCCUAAUCUGUAUCUCUCUACCUUACUAGAUGUGGUCAGAUUAUACCGCGAUUAUACCCCCUCCAGAUGCCCCUCGCUGGGGAAGGAGGCGUGAAAGUGGAUGUUUGAUAAUUAAUUGAGAAACGGUGGACUGAAACGUUGAUCUGAAGGUCGGGCCGAGCCUCGUCGCCCGGUCCAGGAUGCUGCAUGAUUCCCAGUUUAAUCCCGUAGCGGUCCCCCCACCCCCCUCUACCAAGGAUUAGCCCCGGGAUUAUGGAGCAGCAGACAUUUUCUAAUGAUUUUGUACAAAAUGUAAGACGUUCAUCUGAAGGUAAAAUGAAAAUAAAAUUCUGUAUUGAUGUA